AUGAGAUAUCCUAGCAACAUAUCUCCAUUGUAUCGAGUUGAUGUGAUUGAGCCAAUCACCCAACAAUUAUUCGAGUUAUCAAGUGGGGAUCUUUUGAAGAUGGUGCUUAACAUGAGUCUUGAAGGUGAAAGUUUGAAGAAUACCUUGGAUUUGUAUACAUUGGAUUCCGAAGUUGAAGAUAUUGUGAAGGCUCUAGAAAUUACUAAUUCCACAAAGAAGGAUGUUUCUCAAACCCGCUUCCAACCCAUUCGAACCUUACUAACCCACCCUUAUACCCCCUUAACCCCUCGGACACCCUUCCCCCUUGUGCCUCCCGCCACGAACUCCCGACGAACUCCUCACCGCCGCUGCCGUUUCCGAUCAGCUUCCGCCGCUGCACCGCUUCCAAGCCCCACCACCGGUUGCCCCUUCGCCUAUAGCGACACUCCAUCUGCUCCCAGAUUUCGCCGAUCCUCACGUCGCCGCCGGAAAAAAUCGCAAAUCAACAAACACCGCCUCAACGCUGCUUGUUUCGCCGGCGCGCUCUACCCCCGCUCUACUCCCCCACCUAAUUCGACCAAACCCCCCCCAUCUAUUGCCGGUAAACCGCUCGACGCCAACAUUAUCACCCUCGCCGGAAAACUGUUAAGGCCCGAUUCCGACACCACCUUCCACACAAUCCAAAAUUCUUUGGGGCAUUAUUCCCAAACACUCCACCAUACACACCGAUCUACUACAUAUUUGCCCAAAUCAACUCGCCGGAAAACUUUACUCCGCCGCCCGCCACCGCCGGUCGCCGCCACACAUUUCAAAAAAAAAAAAACAAAUCAAAAAAAAUUUGUUUCUCACCGGAGAUUCAAAAGACUUAUUUGUGGGCCAAAAAUUCAAGCUUGGGGUGCGGUUUUUGCGGAUUUCUUUCGGGUUUCAACACACGAAUUGGACCCAGUUUACAUCUUGCCCAAUCCAAGUAUCUACGCCUUCACCACCAAUGUCCCCGAAACAUGGUUCUUGCCUCAAGAGUUGCCAGGCGAUGAUGCUGCAGCAGCGGAUGAUGACAUGCAGGUGGACCCUGACAAUGUUGAUAGCCCAUUCGAGGCUGAAGACCAUUAUGAUCUCCCGAUCCGCCAGUUGCCACCACCUUAUCCAUGUCAAGCCUCCGGGUCACACUCUCAGCCCACGGGAGAACACUUCCAGCCACAGCGUGAUUAUCACUCAUACCAGAAACACAAUGAGCCCGACCCCGCACACGAGUUUCCUCUCGAUAUUUACAGUCAGCUUGCUUCCUUGCGCCUCCAGGGCAACAGGAACAUCGCAGCCAUCCACCGCAUUGAGGAACAACAAGCACGCACCAACACUUACAUGGAGGACCUGUGGUAUUAUUUUCAGCCCGAGGGCGGUUAUCCCCCUCGAGGGCCUCCUCCACCUUGA